ACUCCAGCCUCUUCCUCCCUCCAUCUGGCAGGGAGAGAGAGAGAGAGAGAGAGAGAGAGAGAGAAAGAGAGAGAGAGAGAGAGGGGACCAGUGUGCGUGUGAAUCCACAAGGUUUCAAAUCAGAGGCAAAGGCAGCAUCCCUCCAUCGUCACGGCGACAGGAGGUGUCAGCAUCACCGGGGAGACGGAAUGCGAGACGGAAUCUAGUGAUCGCCGCGGCAACAAGGAGUUCCAGGAUUCCACGCAGGACUGAAGAAACCAGGGCUCCAGAAGAGAGGGGAACCGGGGCCAAUCUCUCCUCCUCCUCCUCCUCCUCCCACUGAAGGACAGAUCUGAACGAACCCUCCUUCUGACGGUGGGCGAGUGUGGCUGAACGGACAAGUGAAAGGAAAGACAUAAAAGAGUGGGAUUGUGUGUGGGAAAGGGAGAGAGAAGUGGGAGGGAGACUGAUGACUGACGACAGGAUGAUCCGAAAACUGUGCUCCUGCCGUUCCUUCUCAGGAGCGAGGAAAGGCAAACCUGCACAUCACUGACCAGCGGAGAGACCACUGUGAUAUGAAGACUAUUUCCACUGGGGCUGGUGCGAUUCAAUUUGGUGAGCGUGUUCAUUUGUAUCUGUUCUUCUUGGUCUCUCUUUGCUGUCUGUAAUUGAUUCUGUGUAGUAAAUUGAAGCCUGAGCACGGUUAAAAGAGAGACUCAAGAUGUGUGUCUGAGAGAAUAUGACAGGGAGAGAGACGUGACCAGAUACACAGAGAAAUUGCUCUCCUUCCUGUCUUUCCAGGUGUUGUGAAAAAUUGCCUCCUGCCAAUUUUGUCAGCAGGAGAGGUUCUGAAGGGUCAAGUUGUCCUAUUUCUUUCCCUCGGAGCAAAAAGACAUGGAAUUUACCUCUUCUGAUGAUUUCCAUCCUUUUUGAGGAACAAAGCGCUAUUCAAAAAGGGCAUGAGAGAUUGUGAUCCGUCUCCAUUUAAGGAAAUGUGCGAGAAAUGCGUCUCUGACCCGGAGCGAAGGAUGCAGCGUUUCGUCUGACACCCCGUGGGGGGUUACGCGUGAAACAUCUUCGCAACACUUAUUUAUCCAGUUCAAGGAAAAUGAAAGUUGGAAUAUUUCAUCUUUUGGUUUGACUUUUUUUUUUUACUUCAAACCCAAGCAAAAAAGACUUUUUAAUGCAAAACAACUUUGGGAGUUUCCUUUUUCUUCCUAAAUUGGAUUUUAUGAGAGUUUGCCGUGGAUCAGCGGCUGAAAACAAGCAUGUCUUCAUGCAACAGAGGAAUUCUGCGUCAUAGACCCCAGCUUUCCAUCCAGAAUCGCCCGUAAGGACUACGAUGAAAUGAACCACGUUUUGUUUCUCCCCCCUGGAGUGUGUAUUUCUCGGAUAUAGCGUCCUUCGAUGAUUCCAGCAUCCCCCGUCCCAUCCGCGCCGGUCUCCCGAAGAUGCCCCGUCGUACACCUCAGGAGGAGGCUUGACCCCAGACCCAGCGAGGUCUCUCGGCUGCCCAGGCGUAUUUAAGAUGUUGAACCCUUCCCGUGUGUCCCGAGCCCCAGAUCGGAUCAGUAGCACUGCGGCUCCCGGAGGCCCCAGACAUGGAUCGUGGCUCGGCUCGGCCCUGCCCUCAGCGCUCCGUUCCCCGGCCCGUGAGAAGCCUGUGAAGGAUGUCCCAGAGCGGAGCUCAAGCCCGGGAACCCUCUGAGACCCGCAGUCAGAGAGAACAGAUCCGCUGCCACAUGAAGAUGGUGAUCGAGCAGCUGGAAGGAAUCCUCAAAGAGCUGAAAGAUGUGGCACAUGAACUGCGGGAGGUGGUGGGUCAGAUCGACAAACUCACAUCUGAUUUCGACUUGGACCUGGAGCCGGACGACUGGACGGUGGCGACGGCGAGCAGCACUUCGAGUAGCGAGCGAGGUUUGGGUGAGGCCUUCAGACUGGACUUCCUCGGCCAGGACAUGCUCUCGGACGGCUGGGACUUCUGCAACUUCUUGGAGUCGGUGAACCGGAAAGCGCACAGGGAUGAGCCGGACGAGGCCCGGACGAGGCCCGCGACGGCAAGCGUUUACUCGCAGAUGAACGGGGGUCUUCCCAUCCCUAACGGACCUUUAAUCAUCACACCGGACUCCUCCAGCGAAGAGGCGUCGAGCUCAACGCACAGCCAGAAAACCUCCCGAACCUCCGGGACUCGAGAACGGGUCCGCUUCAGCGACAAGAUCCUCUACCACGCCUUGUGCUGCGACGAUGACGAAGACGAGGAGGAGGACGGCGAGGAGGACGACAAAGGCGAGUGCGGGACGCCGGAUACGGACAGCGAGCCGAGUCCGUUGGCCAGUUCUCCGAUCCCGCCGCUGUCCUCCUCCGAUCUCUACAACUGUCGGGAAACGGCGUCCGCGGACCCGUCGCCGGUGAAGCGCUCUCUGAUCGGCUCUCACACGCUUCCGAGGAAAGGUCUUCUAAACCCGGGCUGCCGGAAAAAACUCUUACGCAACAGCAGCACACAGACGGUUUCGGAUAAGAGCACGCAGACUGUCCUGCCGUACGUCCCCGCCAAACUGAAGAGCAAGGACCUCUGA